UAUGGGAGUCGCGGAACGCUUGCGGCUCUGCCUGGAAGUUUGUCUGUAAUCCUCCUGCUGCGGGAAUGAUAUGACUCAAGGAUAAUUGCCUUCGGGUGGAUUUUGUCUGGAUCAGAAGGAUUGUUCUGCAGCUCUGGAUCCGUGGUGAGUUGAUUAAUUGAUACAAUAGAAACUAGAGUUUGUCUUACUUUUAGAUUGAGGUAAGCCUGUGGUUACACGUGAAGUACACGUCAGUCGAUGUGAGAAAUGUGUCGAAGGGAAAGAGAAUGCAUUAGGUGUGUUUUUACUGUUGGGCGUAAAUGGGAUGUGUUCGAGGCGUGGUCUUUGUUCCUGAACUGAGUGAAAAAACUACAUUCAGUCAGUCUGACACCUGCGAGAAGAGCAGACACUCAGCAUGGCUGUUAACAUCCCAGGAGUAAUAGCAAUGGUGUUUUUCUACCUGCUGGUACUUGGGACUGGCAUCUGGGCUUCUUUCAAAUCCAAAAGGGAAAAGAGGAAAAGUGGAGCCCCUGGAAUGGAGAUGACACUGCUGGGCAACCGCAGCAUUAGCCUGGUGGUGGGGAUCUUCACAAUGACAGCUACGUGGAUUGGGGGAGCCUUCAUUGUUGGAACAGCUGAGAUGGUGUACACACCCUCUAUGGGACUAACCUGGGCGAUCAUGAUGAUGAUUGCAUACAGCUCAUCUUUUAUCAUUGCUGGCUUCGUGUUUGGAAAGCCACUGAGAGAAAGACACUGUGUGACGAUGCUGGACCCUUUCCAUGCCAAGUAUGGAAAAUCAGUAACAGCUGGACUAACCAUGGCUGCUCUUUUAAUGGAUCUACUGUGGGUUCCCACAAUACUAAUUGGAUUAGGAGGAAUUAUGAGUGUGGUCCUGGAUUUAUCCUACACUGUGUGCAUCUGGAUCUCUGCUGCUGUUGCCAUUACCUACACACUGCUGGGAGGUCUCUACUCUGUGGCCUACACAGAUAUUAUACAGCUUGUGCUCAUAUUCGUCAGCUUGUGGAUCUGUGUUCCCUUUGUUAUGAUGAACCCAUACUCUUUGGACAUUGGACAGACACUGACAAACAACACCUUACAUGCUCCCUGGAUUGGUACACUGGGGCUGAAAAGGACCUGGAUAAUGAUUGAUAAUUUCUUAUUCUUUGCACUGGGGAGCACGGGAUAUCAGUGCCUCCACCAGAGGACCUUGUCGGCAUCUUCCACAUCCACAGCCAAGAUCACUUGCUUUAUUGCUGCUGUCAUCUUACCUACAUUUGGGAUACCUCCUAUACUGCUUGGGGCAGCUGCUGCAUCCACAGACUGGAACCUGACCUCCUAUGGUUCUCCAUCUCCAUAUGAACGUGGGGAAUCAGUUCUAGUUCUUCCUAUCACCCUGCAGCACCUCACCCCAUGGUUCGUCUCCAUUAUUGGUACUGGAUGUGUGGCUGCUGCCGUGAUGUCAUCGGUUGACUCUGUGCUGCUUUCUGCCGCUUCUAUCUUCACCUCAAACAUAUACAAGAACAUUCUCAGGCCUCAGGCAUCAGACAGAGAGACUCAGUGGGCGAUCCGUGCGUCUGUGUUGGUAGUGGGCUUGGUUGGUACGUUACUGUCCAACCUGAAAAACAGCAUGUUGGUGUUCUGGUUCACUAGUGCUGAAUUGGCCUACGUCGUAAUCUUCCCUCAACUUGUCUGCAUCCUCUUCUUCAACAUCUCAAAUGGUUAUGGGGCUAUGAUGGGUUUGCUGGUGGGAUGUGUGUUGAGACUGCUCAGUGGAGAGCCCUCACUAGGAUUACCACCAGUCAUACACUUCCCAGGAUGCACUCUUGAGGACGGUGUUUAUGUCCAGUACUCUCCAGUGAAGACCAUCUCCAUGCUGUCUGCCAUUGCUGCCAUCUUGUUGUUCUCCUAUCUGGUUUCUGUGCUCUUCAACAAAGGACUGCUUCCUGAGAAGUGGGAUGUGUUCAAGGUGAAAGCUCAGCAGUCACCACAACCACUGACACCAACAGAUGGAGCCACAGAAAAUAACGAAAAGGAGAAAUUAAAUAGAGACAACUCUCAGACCUUGGCUGCGGUCGAAUAGUCUUUUUUGCUUAGGAAGGUUCCUAACUGAGUGAAAUGACCCGGAAGUAUCUAAGUGGCAGCCAUGAUAAGAGCUGGUCGAAUUCUCUAAAUUUUAAGGAAAGGUGCUUCAAUGCUUCCUUUCUAAUCUCCUUUAGCAUAGUGUACAUUGGACCAUCCUUUACAAAAGGAAAGGAGAUAAUUCCGUUCCACAAGUCCUUGUGGCGCCAAUAUUUAAAGCGACCAAGCGACUCACCAUUCACAAACUCAAAUGAUUAGGAAAGAAAAAGAUCAACAUGACUGAGAAAGGAAGGAGAUCACCAUGUACGUUACCGUUGUUUAUGAAGCAUUAUACAUCUCAUGCCAUAACAUGUCCAUAUGCUAUAUGUUUUCAACUUUCAACAUUAUGCUACUAUUGGUGUACCCUCCGUCAACAGCUUUGUUUAACUUGUUUUAUAACAGGUUAAACAAAUAUACAAUGCAUUAUUUUAAUGUUCCGAUUUUCGUGUGAAUGAGAAAAACGGAAAUCCACCUGCUUUUGCCGUUUUCGUCUUCAAAUGGCUUAUUGAAAUAGAAAUUAAACCAAAACCAGAAAUCUACUUGUUUUUCGCCUUGAUUGUGAUAUCUAUAUUAUCUGCCCCUACUGCAUCUCAAAACAUUGGCAUUGGCUAUGCUUAUGGCCUAGAUAGAUAGAUAGAUAAAUAGAUAGAUGGAUGGAUGGAUGGAUGGAUGGAUGUUCUGCUUCUCUGCGCCCCCCCUUUUGUCUCUCAACCCAACCAGUCUGCUCGGGGUUUCUUCCCGUUAAAGGGGAGUUCUUCCUUACCGCUGUCGCCAUGUGCUGCUCAUGGGGGAAUUGUUGGGUCUCUGUAAAUUCAAGAGUAUUAUCUAGACCUGCUCUAUGUGUAAAGUGCCCCGAGAUGACUUUCUUUGUGAUUUGGUGCUAUAUAAAUAAAAUUGAAUUGAACUGAAAAAAAAAUAGAUAAUCAAUGAAGUAACGUUGCUGUGCCUCGUGCGUAAAUGCGCAUGUACUUGGCGUAUCUGGAGAUUUAAAUAAUCAAUGAAGUUACUGCUUCCCACUUUUUAUUCCCCUGUACAGUGUUUCCCUGCAGAGCUACAGUGGAAGGAUCAUAACAAAAAAUACAAAAGACUGUAACGUUAAAAGAUAUCUGCCUGAGGUUAUUAAAUACUUGCAGCGAGCAAUUAUUAUUAUAAUUAUAUUUAAUAUUAUGAUUAAUAUUAUUAUUUAUUAAUAUUAUUAUUUAUCUGUCUAUCUAUGCAGUAGGGGCACAUAAUAUUGAUAUAACAGUAAAGGCCAAACACAAGUUGGUUACUGGUUGUGGUGUAAUUUCUAUUCCAAUUGCCCAUUUGAAGAAGAAAAUGGAAAAAGCACGUAGAUUUCCAUUAUUUUUUUAUUCACACGGAAAAACAAAAUAAUGCAUUUAAUAUUUGUUUAUCCUGUCAUAAAACAAACAAGUUGAACACAGCUGUGGAUGGAGCUAACACGCACCCGUAACAUAUGCUCACUUUGCAUUUCAUUUAUUCAUUUGAGCGCUGUUGUAUUGCCAGCCUUUAGUAAUAUCAUUAAUUAAUUUUACUACUUGGGAUUCAGAUGGGUGAGUGUGAGCAGUUUUUGGCUGGUAGCCUAUAUUCCUUUUUUUAAUUCAAUUCCGACCUUAGUAAUUAAACAAUAUCUUUUGUGUUGUCCACGUUUAUAUAUCCUGCAUGAAUCAACACAAUGAGGACGUACGGGGCGCAUUAUCUAAGAUGCACUUCUUGUAGUCAAUCUUCAGAACAUUGUAGUUUCACCACAGCAGGCCCAUGUCAAUAACAUCCGCCGUCGCAUCAUUACGUAGCCCAGUGUAAGUGCAGUCGGAUUCUCUCAGCACCGCAGUUGUCUUUUCCUAAGUCCUUAUUAAAUCUCCUUCACAUCUUCCCUUGACAUUGUGACGUUUUCCGUCAAGGUCAAGGAAAAGUGGUUAGGAAAAGACGAUAGGAGAAACUUUUCGACCGCAGCCCUUGUCAUCAAAGCCGAUGAUUAGCAAGAGCUGUAGGUGUUCAUGUGUGUAGAGAAGUAUCUGUUUCUUGAAGCAUAAAAUAGACUAAAUAUUAGAGGUGGGGGAAAAAAUUGAUACAGUAUAGUAUUGUGAUAUAUUGCGUGGUGAUAUUGUAUCGAUAGAUGGACAUCAAGUAUCAAUAUUUUAGCAAAGAUGGUGUUCAGUGGUAAAGUAAUGAGGUGACAAUAUGAGCAGAACUCCAAAAGACGAGUCACAACUAGGUGCAGAGAAUUUGUUGAUCUCAGCCUCCCAGGGAAUUAUUUUAGAUCAUUCUCAGUCAUCACCUUAGGUCUAGACAUAAGGCAACAAUUUAUUAAUUAUCCAAAUACUGAAAAUGUAAAUAUGCUGUACACAUGUAUACAAGAAAACAGUGAUUAAAACAUCAGAAUGCUACGAAUAAAAAAGUCCAAAAAUGUACCCUGUAUGAUUCAUU